UUCAUUGAACAGGGUAACAAAUUUCCAUACAUAAUUCUAAAUUUGCAGUAGAAAAAUUUACAUUAAAUUUUUUUGGAUAAAAAAAUAGCCAUUAUGACAUCUUCCUCAAUUAUAAUACCAGAUACAUUCUUAUAUUUUGCUUAUGGUGCUAAUAUACUUGCUUAUCGGAUGACUAUGUAUGAUAUAAAUGCAGAAUUCGUAUCAAUUGCACGUAUAGAUAAUUACAGAUUGGACUUCAUUAAAUAUUCCAAGUAUUGGGGAGGCCCCGUAGCCACAUUAGUCCCAACAGCAAACGCUCAUUCCUGGGGCGUUAUCUGGCGCCUCAAACGCGACCAAAGGGAUUCUUUAGACAGAAUGAAAGAAGUUGAAGAUAAAAAGUAUUACAUAAAAAAUCUCAACGUUCUAACGCCAUAUAUGGGAUACUUUCGAUGUCGUGCUUAUAUACAGAAAGUUAAUCCUUUACCUAGAGGCGAUAAUGACGUGAUCCCAUCAGAGCGAUGGCCCUCGUUUUCCUAUAAGCACAUCAUGUUACUUGGCGCCAUAAUCAAUGAGCUACCUGAAUAUUAUAUAAACCAUCUGCGCGACUUAAAACAUAAUGAUGACGAAGGCUGCGUACGGACAGAUUGUUUACUUAUCCGCUAUGCGCGGGAGCCGAUCUGCGAAUGUAGGGUGCCCGGCAGAAUACCCAGGCAGCCGCUUAAACUUGAUGUAGUAACAAAAAGAAAUAUGAAAGUACAAACUCAAAGCAAAUAAAAAAUGUGGCGAAAUAAACACUUUUCCAUUGAAAAA